CGGCGUCACUCUGGCGGAGUCCCGGCAGCCGGGGUCGGGUUUAGCCGAGCCCUAAACGGUGACCAGCGUGGCCGCGACCAGCGACCCUGAACUGCAGCCUCUGCCCACAACCAUGCCCAUUGUGCCAGCGUGGGAGCUCCAGUGAGAUGGAGAGCACGUCCGCUCUGUAGAGCUGUGGCUCCUCUUCACUAGCUGUGUGACCCAGGGCCAGCUAUGCCAGCUCCCUCUCCCAAGGCUGGGUAGGAUUCAUUGAAAUCAUGGAUGUGAAGACCCUCUGGGUACUGGAAGCCCCUACAAAGAAGAGGCCUGGUCCAGGCAGUCGCCAUGGGGACAGCUGCCACGGACCUUCUCUGGACAGUGCCUCUGCUCCUUCUCUUGGUGUUUGGGGUCCCCACGGAGCAGCACACCUCUGGGGAAGCUGUGACCUCCAAUCCCCCUGGGCGCUGCCGAUUGUGCUGUGACUCUGAGGACCCCCUGGCCCCUGCCGAUGCUGCAGAUGUGUCCUCUGCCUCUCCAUCUGCCCUUCCAUAUGUGUUGCCUGAGGUCAGGCCCUAUAUUAACAUUACCAUCCUGAAGGGUGACAAAGGGGACCGAGGCCUGCUGGGCACACCUGGGAAGCUGGGCAGGGAGGGUCCCCCAGGAGAGCGAGGCCCGCAGGGCGCCAAGGGUGACAAGGGGCAGGUGGGCAGCCCUGGCAGCCCGUGCCAGACUCGCUUCUCAGCCUUCUCUGUGGGCCGGAAAACGGCGCUGCACAGCAGCGAGGGCUUCCAGCCACUGCUCUUUGACACGGUCUUCGUCAACCCGGAUGGGCACUUUGACCUGGCCGCUGGCCACUUUGUUGCCCCCCUGGGUGGCCUCUACUUCUUCAGCCUCAACGUGCACAGCUGGAACUUCAAGGAGACCUACGUGCACAUCAUGCACAACGAGGAGGCGGCCGUCAUCCUGUACGCGCAGCCCAGCGACCGCAGCAUCAUGCAGAGCCAGAGUGUGAUGCUGGCCCUGGCGCCCAGCGACCGCGUCUGGGCGCGGCUCUUCAAGCGGGAGCGGGAGAAUGCCAUCUACAGCGACGACGUGGACAUCUACAUCACCUUCAGUGGCCACCUCAUCAAGCCUGAGGACGAUUAGUGCCUGCACUGGGGCAGCUCCCGUGUGGGGUGGUCUAUCCCCUGCAGGGCCUCAGUGUGCACCUCUGUAAAGUGGGCCCAUGGGGCCUGGCACUCCGGGGAGCCCUCCUCUUCUUUCCUUCCCUCCCAGUCUGUUUCUGCUGCUCUCCUCUCUGGAACAUACUUUGAGAAGCUGUCUAACCUAAAUAUUCUAGACCUUUCCCAACCUUUUGGACCAGUACUUCUCAAACCUGAAUGCACAUAGGAGUCACCUGGAGACUGUGCUAAAAUGCAGAUUCUGAUCAGGUAGGCAUGGAGUGGGACCAGGACUCUGCAUUUCUAAUAAGUUUCUGGGUGAUUCUUACACUGCUGGUCUGUGGGCCCCACUGGAGUAACUAUAUUCUAGAACUUUCACAACAUUCUAGUACUUCUUGAACAUUCCAGAAUCCUCUAAACAUUCUAGAAUCAUCACAACAUCCUUAAACAUUCUCAUUUCUCUGGGACUCCCUCUCCUCCCUCACUCUCUCUCUAUCAUCUGCACUCCCACCUGUGCAGCCGCUUAUUUAGUUGUUCAUCCAGCACUCACCGUGCUCACUCUGUGCCAGGCCCUGGGAAAGCUGGGGUGGAUCAGACACAGAGGAUUCUGAGACCCGACCCAGAGAAACGCAUGGUGCUCUUGUCACAUAAGUCUGGGCUCCGGGCAUUCAGACACCAUGGCCCCUCAUGACCCAAGGCUCCCCAAGGUUGGUAGGACAGGGUCCCCGAGGUGGGGGGGUGGUUCUGCCUACUCUCAUUCCUCCUCAAUGCCUGUUAUUAAAGCACCCCCCCCCAAGGGGCCUUGGUCAGGGCAAGAAUGAGGGAGCCCCUGGAGAAGGGAUUCCAGACCCAUAGCUUCCCAUGCAGCUGGUAUGGUCACCUGUGAGGACUCCUGUCCUUACAGCACCCCCUCCCUGCUGUCCUGGGCCUCCGUCAAGACCUUGCUCAGCCCAUCUUGCCAAAGGCUCCUGGGCCUCAGUUCUCCCAAGCUCCUAGCCAUUGUUAGCCAUUGAUAUCUGUCCCAGGUGCUCUCUGACCCUCCUUGGACCAUCUCGCCAGCCCAGUGUCCCCGCUUUCUAGCUUUAAGGUGCUGAAGAUCCAGCAGGGUCUCCUCUGGCCUGGUGCGGCCUUUGGAAAUGCCAGGCAGAGGCUCCAGGCUUCGGACCCCUCAGCAGGUCUGGGGAACUGAAGCGGGUAACAUUCAGGUCAGUCGGAGGACCCUCCUCUGAGCCAUGAUGCCAAGAGAGGUCCAGGCCAAGCAAGGGACAUCAGGCUUUCUGUCCCUUCUCCCACUCCCAGGUAGGGCAGCCUGGUGGCCCUCAGCCUUCCACUCCCCCAACCCAGGUGGCCUGACCCUCUCCCUCAACGGAGGUGGCCUCCAGCCAUUGGUGCUUAUGCAGACUCCGGGAAGAGGGAGCCCGGUGGUGGUUGGUGCUCACUUAUAGCCAAGGGAGCCACGGCUAAGUGCUGGUGAUGGCGGCAGGGCCUGACCAAGUGCGAAGGCCGAUGCUGCACAGCCACUCCCAGCCCGUCUGCCCCUGCCCUGCUUGUCCAGCGUGAUUAAAGGUUGCGUGUCUUC